CAAUUAACCAUCAUUGGCUGCAGCACCCUGGGCCGUAGCAUUGUCGAUGGCCUUCUCCUAUCUCUGUCUCCUCAGCCAUCCAAUUACCGCUUGUCGCUCACCACCCGGAACCCCCAACAGCUUUCUGGGCUUCAGCGUGACUACCCCUCUGCCCUGGUCACUGCCGACAACCAAGACCCUCGAAUCUGGCAGGGGCCCGAUUCGUCCCAAGUCCACAUAGUAGUGAUUGGUACUCAGCCGCAGUACACGAUUGCUGUAUGUCGUGAUAUUUGCGAGGCUUGCGUUAGCUUUCAGCUCGGCCCACGCCCGCCUGUCGUGGUAAUCGUGUGUCCCGGCAUCACAGUCUCGCGGCUGGAGCAGAAAUUACCUGGAAAAACGCCGAUCGUGCGUAGUAUGCCCAAUACGCUUGUCGCCGUGCGGCAGGGAGCGACUGCUGUUUUC